UUCUUUUUCUCAUAUUUUCUUUGGAUUAAUGAAUGCUUGAAUAUUCGAUAUAUUUAUAUUUCUUAGUGAUGAAGAUUCCCCCACUCUACUACUUUUGAUCUCGUUUAUCUUAUCGUUGUUUCUGAACAAGAAGGAGAAGGUAGUUUCAGAAGCACAAGAUCAUCAAAACAAUGGUAGAGACAAACCAAUCUCAGCCAGUUGUACCACCACCAGUGGUUCCGCCACCAUCGUCACUGUCAGCACCGAGAGCUUCAACUUUUCCUCCACAGGAACAGCUUCAUCAACUCGACUUCUGCAUCCACUCCAAUCCUUCAUGGCCUGAAUCAUUUCUCCUGGCUUUCCAACACUACAUCGUGAUGCUUGGAACAACUGUCAUGAUUGCUUCUUUCCUUGUACCUCAAAUGGGCGGUAGUCAUGGUGAUAAAGCCCAUGUGAUUCAGACUUUGUUGUUUAUGGGAGGAGUAAAUACACUUCUUCAGACAUUUCUUGGGACAAGACUUCCUACAGUGAUGGGUGCAUCUUAUUCUUUUGUCAUACCAGUGAUGUCGAUCAUCAAUGAUUUCAACGAUAGUACCUUCCAGAAUGAGCAUGAGAGAUUCACUCAUACCAUGAGAACUAUUCAAGGAUCUCUGAUAAUCUCUUCAUUUUUCAACAUCUUGAUUGGGUAUAGUAAGGCAUGGGGAAAUUUCACAAGGUUCUUCAGUCCUGUUGUUGUUGUUCCAGUGGUCUGUGUGGUGGGUCUUGGUCUGUUUGAGAGGGGCUUCCCACAGGUUGGACACUGUAUGGAGAUUGGUCUGCCAAUGCUAAUUCUACUGGUCAUCUGCCAACAAUAUUUGAAACGCAUCAACAAGAGUGCACAUGCUGUAUUUGAGAGGUUUGCCUUGCUUUUCUGUAUCGCAAUAGUAUGGGCUUUUGCUGCUAUACUCACUGUAAGUGGUGCUUAUACUGAUGUCCGGGAGCAGACUAAGAUUAAUUGCCGCACUGAUCGUUCAUAUCUAAUAUCAUCAGCUCCCUGGAUUAGAAUUCCAUAUCCUUUUCAGUGGGGUGCACCCAUCUUUCGAGCAAGCCAUGUCUUUGGCAUGAUGGGGGCAGCUUUUGUUUCAUCAUCUGAGUCAACUGGAACAUAUUUUGCAGCUGCACGGCUUGCGGGUGCUACUCCUCCUCCUGCACACGUACUUAGUCGAAGCAUUGGUCUGCAGGGUAUUGGCAUGCUGCUUGAUGGGAUAUUUGGAGCUGCUGUUGGUACUACUGCAUCUGUUGAAAAUGUUGGCCUUCUUGGACUGACCCAUGUGGGAAGCCGAAGAGUGGUGCAGAUAUCAACUGCUUUCAUGAUCUUCUUCUCUAUAUUUGGGAAGUUUGGAGCUUUCUUUGCAUCGAUACCUUUCCCUAUAUUUUCUGCCAUAUAUUGUGUUCUAUUUGGACUAAUUGCUGCUGUUGGGAUAUCCUUUAUUCAGUUUACAAACAAUAAUUCAAUGAGAAACCUCUACAUAUUGGGCCUCUCUCUGUUCCUGGGAAUUUCCAUUCCUCGAUAUUUUAUUGAAUACUCUUCUUCGGCAGGCCAUGGACCAGUUAAAACAAGUGGUGGAUGGUUCAAUGACAUAUGGAAUUCAAUAUUCACGUCAGCUCCAACCGUGGCCAUGUUAGUCGGAACGCUGCUUGAUAACACGCUAGAUGCCAUGCGCACAGCAGAUGACAGAGGACUGCCUUGGUGGGUACCCUUCCAGAUGAGGAAAGGAGAUAUGAGAAAUGAAGAAUUUUACAAUCUUCCGCUGAGGAUACAUGAAUUUGUUCCCACCAGAUUCCUGUGAAUAUUUCCAGAUGUUCUCUUGUUAUUUCUUUUUGAAUUUUGAUAACAAAGAAAGUAACAUCCUUGUCUCUUAGAUGCAAUUCUCUUGUCUUUUCCUCUAC